AUGGCAGCCAACACUCGAUACAUGCCUGCUCCCCAGCGGGAUUCGCUGGAGGAGCAGCGCUACACUCAGUCCCCUCCAUCCUACCAACAAGCUUCGGAUCCGAUGAUGGGUGCGCCGCGGGGUGAGGAUGAUAAUGUUCCCGAUGACUUCAAGUUCGGCGGCUCAGUGGCUGAAGCUACUCUUCCUAUCCGAAUGCAGUUUAUCCGCAAGGUCUAUUCUAUCUUGACCGUCCAGCUCCUCGUCACCGCUGGCCUUAGCGCCGUCUCUUUCUUCAACGAUACCUACCGGACAUGGGUCCAAUCCAACGCUUGGAUGAUGUUCGUCUCUAUUAUCGGUGCGCUCGUAUUCAUGCUCCUCACAUACUGGAAACGCAAGAGCUAUCCAAGCAAUCUCCUAUUCCUCAGCAUUUUCACCCUCCUUGAAGGAUACGCCGUCAGCGUUGUGACCUCUUUCUACAAUUCGAGAAUAGUCAUCCAAGCGCUCGUUCUCACGCUCGGCCUCUUCCUAGCUCUAACGCUCUUCGCCUGCCAGACCAAAUAUGAUUUUACCAGCUGGAUACCGUACCUAUUCUUUGCUCUAUGGUUUUUGAUCCUAUUCGGGUUUAUGACUAUGUUUUUCCCGAUGGGAAGCAAGAUGGAAUUGAUUUACGGCUCGAUUGCAGCCCUGAUAUUCAGUGCGUACAUCCUCGUCGAUACCCAGCUGGUUAUGCGACAUCAUCAUGUUGAGGAGGAGAUUGCCGCAUCCAUCUCACUCUACUUGGAUGUUAUCAACUUGUUCUUGGCUAUCCUGAGGAUCCUCAAUAGCCAGAGCAACAACUAA